AUGUCUGAGCUUGAACGCCGACACGUUGGUGUUGGAUCUCGAAGACUCGGUGCUACUUCCCAACAAGCAGCGCGGCCGGCAGCUGGUGCAAGACUUCCUACAGAAGAACAUCGACGCAAGAAGAACUUCAUCGUCCUCUCUUGUUUCAUCUCUUUCUGCUCACGGCAAAGGAGAAGGCUCGGGCUCUUCGCUCCCCCACCCGGAAAUUCUGGUGCGCAUCAACCCGCUGGACUCCGAGUUCUGGCACGACGAUCUUCGAGCUGCGCAGCUUGCCGAUGGCUUCAUGCUGCCGAAGAUCAGCUCGAAACAGGACUUGGAUCUGUUGGAGAACAGCGGUUUGCUCCGGCCUGA